CGCAAGGCUUCUCAUGUGCGGAGCUGUUCCAGUCGUCUCUUUGCUUCGGAGUUGCAUGGUUCGUGUCCACCACUUCUCGAUCCUUUACAUUUUAUAAACGUGUGUCUCCGAUAUUCACAGCAAACAAGACCAUGGCAGCCAAACAGCGUGUUUGCAUUAUCGGAUCCGGAAACUGGGGUUCAGCUAUCGCGAAAAUUGUGGGCGCCAAUGUUGUCAAAUAUAACAACAAAUUUGAAACACGCGUGACAAUGUAUGUCUACGAAGAGAUAGUGAAUAGUCAAAAAUUAACUGAAAUUAUAAAUACGAUGCACGAAAAUGUCAAAUACCUUCCCGGGCACAGACUUCCAGAGAAUAUUGUUGCCGUGCCUGAUGUCGUCGAAGCUGCGAAAGAUGCAGAUAUCCUAAUAUUUGUAAUACCUCACCAAUUUAUACGAACAUUGUGCGCAACGUUACUAGACAAAAUUAAACCAACAGCAGUUGGUAUAUCAUUAAUUAAGGGUUUCGAUCGAGGAGAUGGGACGAACAUCGAAUUAAUCUCUAAAAUUAUUGAAAAACAUUUGAGAAUUCCAUGCUAUGUACUAAUGGGUGCCAAUUUGGCUAAUGAGGUUGCUGAAGAAAAAUUCUGCGAAACUACUAUUGGUUGCAAGGAUAAACGUCUAGCACCAUUAUUAAGAGACAUGAUUCAAACACCGAAUUUCAGAGUAGUAGUCGUAGAUGACUGUGAAGCCGUUGAAGUAUGCGGUGCACUAAAGAACAUUGUUGCUUGCGCGGCUGGUUUUAUAGAUGGUAUGGGAUUAGGUGACAACACAAAAGCAGCUGUGAUCAGAUUAGGCUUGAUGGAAAUGGUUAAGUUUGUAGAUACAUUUUAUAGUGGUUCAAAGCUAUCAACAUUCUUUGAAAGUUGUGGUGUAGCAGAUUUAAUCACCACUUGUUAUGGUGGGCGAAAUCGCAAAGUUUGCGAACAAUAUGUUAAAUCUGGCAAAACAAUUAAACAAUUAGAAGACGAACUUUUAGGUGGACAAAAGUUACAAGGUCCAGCCACAGCCGAUGAAGUCCACGGAAUGUUGAAAGGUCGUAACUUAUUGGAGAAAUUCCCUCUGUUUACUGCGGUACAUCGUAUUUGUACGGAUCAAAUAAGACCAGCAGAUUUACUUGACCAAAUUCGUAAUCACCCCGAGCACGGGAUGAAAGUAGAAGGUGCUGAAGAAGCAUAGACACAUGCUAAAAUAUUUUCAUAUUAUGCUCAAUGUUAGAAAUGUUAUAUUUGACAACAAUUAAAAUCAAAUAAAUUGAUAUUAUUGAUCCAAAUAAACUCAUGAUAAUUUAUUAUUAAUUCUUAUAACAAGACAACAAUUGUUCUUGAACACAAGUGUAUAAAUGUACUAUA